AUGUUCACGCCCACAAAACCCGCUGGCCUUCUAUUGGCCUUUUCGACCCUUGCCCGUCAUGCGUCUGCACUCGACUUUAACAUCUGCGCCGAUUUCAAUACCGCAUCUGGCAGCACCAAUACGUCAAACCUCCAAAGUAACGGUCUUUGCUCCGACUUCUGCCGAAGCAGCUACGUUUUUGCCAUCACCUCGCAUGAGAGCUGCUGGUGCUCCAACUACGAGCCUGCUAACGGCAAUGUUCUCGACAAAAAAAACUGCGACUUUCCCUGCCCCGGCUAUCCCUUCGAAUACUGUGGCGGCAAAUCCAAGAACACCUUCGGUUAUAUUAGUCUAGGCCCUCAGCCAUCUGGCACCAAGGGCUCUGGUGGCGAUGGCAGUUCCUCUGCCACCUCGACUACUCCCUCCUCCAAAUCCACUCAACAACCCUCGAGCAGUGUUCUCUCAACUGUCACAGUUGGUGGUAGGGUGACUACAGUCAUUGUGGUGCCCACAUCAACCGGCGAUACAAGCCAAGACAACAAACCUGUUCCUUCUGGCAGCUCGGGCCUUGGCGGUGGUGCUAUUGCCGGCAUCGCGAUUGGUUCCAUCGCCGCCGUCGCCCUCGUCGGCCUUCUCAUCUGGUUCAUCAUUCGUCGCCGCAAGCAGAAUGAUGACGAGUUGAGAGAUGAUCCUAGUGUGCGUGGCAGCUCUCGCGGCAGAAUGGGAUCUCACCAGCAAGAUCUGAGCAUAGCAGGAUCAGCCGCUUCGCCGGGCUCGGCUGGCAACCGUAACAGCAUGCUGCAGGUAGACCCCCGCAUGGACCCGUUCAAGCAGGGCCUGUACAUGCGAAAUGGCAGUGCCGAGAGCAUCAACACACUGAGAGACGAGCAUGACUAUUCGAGGCGCAUCCAGCAGCCUAAAGUGCUGAGAGCCACAAAUCCUGAUCCCGACUCUUGA